AUGGAAAAGACGAACUUUUGCGAGGGCAAAGGCAAAGUAUACAUGACGCACCCGACAAAGGCGAUCUAUCGCUUCCUGAUGUCGGACUUUGUGCGUAUCUCGAAUGCAGGAUCGGACCGCAUGUUGUUUGACGAGGCAGAAAUGCUGGCGUCCUGGCGGCAGAUCGAGGCGGUGGACUACCACCAGGAGGUGGUUCUGGGCGGCGGUCUGCGGUUUACGCCGUACCAUGCGGGGCAUGUGCUGGGUGCCUGCAUGUUUAUGAUCGAUAUGGCAGGACUGCGUGUAUUGUAUACGGGGGACUACAGCCGUGAGGAGGACCGGCAUCUUGUGCAGGCGGAAGUGCCGCCGAUGCGGCCGGAUGUCCUGAUCUGUGAAAGCACUUACGGAACACAGAGUCUGGAGCCGCGGCUCGACAAAGAGAUGCGCUUCACGUCGCUGAUUCACAGUAUCAUCCGGCGCGGUGGACGUGUGUUGUUGCCCGUGUUUGUGCUGGGCCGCGCGCAGGAGCUGCUGCUGCUUCUCGACGAGUACUGGGAAGCGCACCCGGAGCUCCAUUCUGUUCCGAUCUACUAUGCGUCUUCGCUCGCGCGCAAAUGCAUGUCGAUCUACCAGACGUAUAUCCAUACGAUGAACCAGCACAUUCGCGCGCGUUUCCACCGGCGAGACAAUCCGUUCGUGUUCAAGCAUGUGAGCAACCUGCGCAGCCUAGACAAGUUCGACGACAAGGGCCCUUGUGUAAUGAUGGCGAGUCCUGGGUUUAUGCAGAGCGGGAUAUCGCGUGAGCUGCUGGAGCGCUGGGCGCCUGAUAAGCGCAAUGGCGUGAUUGUGAGCGGUUAUUCGGUGGAAGGCACCAUGGCACGCGACAUUCUGAGCGACCCUGACGACAUUGUCGCACUGAACGGGCAGCGCAUCCCUCGUCGCAUGUCGGUCGACUACAUCUCGUUCUCGGCCCAUGUCGACUAUACGCAGAAUUCGCGCUUCAUCGAUCAGGUCAAAGCGAAGCAUGUCGUGCUGGUACACGGCGAGUUGAAGAACAUGAGUGGGCUUCGUGCAGCCCUGCAAAGCCGGUACUCGGAUCGCGAGGAAGAGAUCCACAUCUACAUGCCGCGCAAUUGUGAGCCACUGACGCUGUCGUUCCGUGCGGACCGCACGGCCAAAGUGAUCGGCUCACUCGCGGCUCAUGCGCCCAAGCCAAGUGACACGAUCGAUGGUCUGUUGGUCGCCAAGGACUUUUCGUAUACGGUGCUAGCGCCCGAAGACCUGACGGAGUUUACGGGACUCGGCACAAGCACGAUCGUGCAGCGGCAACGAGUCGCCCUGAACGUCGGCUGGGACCUGGCUCGCUGGCACUUGCAGGGCAUGUAUGGCCAUCUAGACGAAGGCGUAGACGAGCAGGGAUUGAGAUGCAUGCGCAUCAUGAAUGUCGUCGACAUCAAGCUUGCUCGCCCUGGAAUGCUUGUGGUCGAGUGGGAGUCUAGUGUGUCGAAUGAUAUGGUGGCUGACUCGGCCAUGGCUCUGCUGCUUGGAAUCGACAGCUGUCCAGCUACGGUGAAGAUGACCAUGAAUGAGCAUGCAUGUUCUCAUGCACCCACGGCUCGUGGUGCAUCUGCAUCCCAUGUCGACACGGUCGAGUCCCUCCUGGCUUUGCUAGAGGCGCAUUUUGGCGACCUCGAGAUGAUGGACAUUGGGGGCGGCGUCCGUGUGACAGAUGUUCAUGCUGAGCCGAGUACCCACUCAGCGAAGGAGCAAAUGCUUGGUGGCAUGCCCGAGCAUGGGUCAGAUGCUCGUGAGACGCAUGAGACUGGGGCGACUGAUGCCAGUGCCCAUGCUAGCGACGCGGCAGAGGCUCAUGCCGAUGCCGAUCAAGGCGAGGCCGACUCGCCGCUCGAUCGCCUGUGUGCCUCGAUCCCAGGUCCUGUGCGUGUCGGUGUGAAGGUCGAGCUGGAUGCCGAGCCCAUCAUCAUUUCGCUCGAUGAUCUCUCUGUGUUUUGUGAUGCCGAAGCCUUGCGGCAUCGAGCUGAGCGCCUCGUUGCGAUGGCGCUUUCUACGAGUCAGUCCCUUGCUGACACAUUCCACCUCACACCUGCAUGCUCGUCGAUGCUCUUCCAAGGCAAGCACAGCCAUGAAAUGCAGGACCAGGACCACGAUGACCAAGACGGCGCUCAUCACGACCAUGCGGAGCUCCCUGUUCAUCCCAAGACCCCGAUCAAGGCUUUGGCAGACUGA